AUGGUGAACAUCAACAUUGCAUACACCUCCCGCAUCAACCCCGCCGGUGCAACACCGGUGCUCAACGAAGCACAAAUCUGGACUGGCCUGCAGCGCAAGAUACGUUUUGCCCAAGAAUUCGUGCCUGUGAUUGAGAGCUGCGAGGUACUUGAAGAAAAUGAUGGAGUGGUAACUAGGGACGUCAAAUUCAAGAAGGGAACGGGCCCCAAGGAUCAGGCCAAGGAAGUCGUUAGAAGCUACUGGCCGAGUUGGGUCGAUUUCGAGCAAGAAGACGGAAGUCAUGUCCGCAACAUCAUCUCCGAUGGUCCAUCUGGUGAGACCGAGGACUUGAACAUGACUUAUGCUUUCGAGUGGAUCAUGCCAAAUUUGCAAGAGGGGACUCCAGAAGCGGACAAGGAGAGGCAACGACUCAAGGGCAUGGCGAAGAAAGCAGUUGAGAGCAGCAUCGACGCGAUCCGGGAGAUGGUCAAGGAUGGCAGAGUCAAGGCAUAA